UAGGCGUCGAAAUAGCCCAGUCUAUUUAGGCUUAAACGCAUCUCAUUUUCAUGCCAUAAUUACUUACUACCCCGUGAUAACGCGGUGGUUCAAUCUUCUAACGUUUGUCUUUUCCAUUCCAAUCCCUUAUACGAGAUAAAGGCCAAGAAACAGAUCAAUCACCUCAGCGGUAUGAAAAUCUUGGACCUAGGAGGCGGAUUGAAUCUCCAACGCAAGCUCCUUUGCCCGACCUACCAAUUACUCGUUUAGAUCAGAGUUACAAACCUACACGGGUUACAGUAGAGAAAUCUUCAAGGGAUCGUCGCAUCAUACCUGUCUCAAAGUUUGCCACUUUUGUUGAGAAUAAUAGGCACACUGACACAUUCUAUAAGGAUUUCCUUAAUUUGGCAAACGUUUGUCCUGGUCCUUCAACCUCCAUGAUAAGAAGUGCGUUGAAGAAAGAAAACCGGUCAAAGAGUCGAAACACCAACAACCAUCCACUGGAUAGAAACCGGGUCAUCCUAGAGUCUGUAUGCUCUCCAAAUUCAGAUUUCAUCGACGCCAGCUACGUCAAGGGUAUUCGAUACAGGUUUAUAACUACACAGAUGCCUAUGCCUAACACAGUCGCCGAUUUCUGGGACAUGGUGUUUUACAACCAACCAACUGUUAUCAUCAUGCUUAACGAUGAUGACAGACGUAACAAGAGUUGUGCCCAAUACUGGUUGGACAGUGGUGUUGCCAUUUUUGGAUCCUUUUCUGUCACUACGGUGUCUGUCUCAGAGAACGAAGGACUGAUAGAGAGGGAGAUGCAAGUUACCAGAAAUAAUUCAAAGGCUCGUCAUGUUGUGAAGCAGUACCAGUUCUUACAAUGGCCAAAUGAGGCCGAGCAGCAAGCGAAUCGAGCUCGUCAACUUGUAAAUCUGAUGACAAAAGUUCAGGAAACUUUAGAACGAUCUCGAGAAGGGUUCCCAGUACUUGUUCAUUGCAUGAAUGGAGUUGGCCGAACUGGCGUAUUUUGUAGCACACUUGAGUGCAUCGCACAAGUAAACGAAGAGGGCGCUGUUGAUGUCUUUCACGUAGUGAAGAUGCUCAGAAGUGAAAGGAUGCAUUUCGUACAAACCGAGGAAGAAUAUUCGCUCAUCUACGAGCUGAUCAAAGAAUAUCUUCGAGAUCAUGAGUACGAGCAACCGUUUCCCGAGGUCUCGCCGAACGAUCACACUUACACGUAUGCCGAUUCCCCUCUGGCCCCAGGUUCCGGUGAGAGUGAGCAUGUAUACGCACAACUGCAAGAGGGCGCCCCCGAUAAAGGAGUGUAUACCCCACUGAAGACAGAAAAAUAAUCCUUUUUGGAUUAAGACUCUUUAAUGGUGUUUAUGGGUUAUGUUAUAUUGUAGGUGUUCUAAAAUUCAUUUUUUAAAUUCAUUUUUCAAAGGCAGUAAGUCUACUCUUGAUGCAAAUUGUAUUCAUUCUAUACCCAGUUACCUGUUUUUUGAAAGAAAUAUAUUCUUACAUCUUUGGAGUAUUAUUUUGUGAGAAGGGAAUCGUUGCUGCACUGGGAAAGGGUGGCAGAAAAACAGCCUCUACUACCCGCCCCCCACAAAAACAUGUUCCAACAUGCGCGCAAGCAUAAAGUGUGCGCGUCAAUUAUUAAAUUUCAACCUAGUAAACGAUGUAUAAAAAGAUUGGCCGCUUCGCACGCUCAUUUUCUUAUCAUAAAAAAGAUACUACGUAUUCUAACCUCAAUCCCCAUGAAUUUAUCUUCAUUGACCGUAAAAAAAACAAAAUGUUCUAUUAUCAAACUUAAAUCAUAUGCAUUU